CUGGAAUCUUGCUUGUUGCCCACUGUGACAAGGGCAUGGAUUCCCUAAAACCGUGUGUGUUGUUCGCGCAAAUAGAAACACAGUCGUUGUACGGCUGAGAUACAUUCCGUAUGUGUAUUGACAGGACCAACGGCGAAGGAUGCUACAGCCUCCUAUCGCUUUUCCUGUGCCUCUUGCCCUUUCUGGUCAAGUCCCAGAUGCUCACUUCCACCACCACUCUCAACGUCACUGGCGAAAUGGUCAGGUUCAGUCAACCAACAGCGCAGCUUAUUGCCUGUUUCGUUACAUGCUGCAGAAGCCAUGGCACAAGCUGACGUUCACCUUCUCGGGCCCAGCGACAGACGAGGCAGCUACGCCCAGCCCCUUUUCAUACUACCGCCUCACUAUCAACCUCACCCACAUUGGGGCAAGCGGCGAUCGGACUUACACAGUACCUGGAUAUUUUGCCGCAGACGGUAAUGCAGCCAACACCAGGGCCACAGGAGGCAACAAAUGGCGCUGCCAUUUCACGCCUCCCCACGUCGGGCGGUGGCGCUAUAGUGUGUCAUUUCGCCGAGGAAAGAACAUCAUAUUGGACCCGACGUUGCCGGGGAAAUCUGCAGGCUACAUGGACGGCUAUGAGGGCGAAUUUGCGGUGAAGCCGUCUGACAAGACGGGCAAGGAUGGACGGGCCAAGGGAUUGCUCCAAUACGUGGGCAAGAGGUAUCUCUGGUUGGCGGUAAGUGUGAACCUUAGUGGAAAGAGAGGAAGGGAGGAAGGGAGAAGACGCAAUCACGUAAACAACCACGUGUAACGUGUGCCUUGUCUACUUGUGCUGCUUUCAGGGAAGUGAGGAGUAUUUUUUGAAGAUAGGCACUGACUCGCCGGAGAACCUGCUUGCCUACGAGGAUUUUGAUAACACUCCAAACCAUCUUGGUCUGGCUGUUUCAAGGGCACAUCGGCUCGAGACAGUACAGGUAGACGUGAUGUUGCAUUUGUAGACUUGAGGAAGCAAUAUAAAAGCCACACGAAAGAUUGGAGAAAGGUAAGACAAGUCCACGUUGGUGCCAAGGCGGCUUGUCCAGUUGGGUUCUGGAUGUGGUGGUUUCUUGUCCAGGGUGAUCCCACAUGGAACGGUGCGAAGGGAAAAGCUCUGAUUGGCGCCAUAAACUAUUUAGCUUCCAAAGGUCUCAACAUGAUGUCUUUCCUCACAUUCAACGUGCAAGGUCAGUCUUCGCACACAAGUGCACACAGUGUCAUUGUUGGCUCUCGAGUGAUGGAGAAAAAUGCAGGUGACGACGGCAAUGUCUUCCCAUACACUAGCGAGUACUCCUUUCGCAUCGACGUGAGCAAGACCGACCAGUGGGAGAUCGCACUCGAGCACGCGGCGCAGAAGGGUAUUGGAUUGCACGUAAAGACGCAAGAGACAGAGAACGAAUUCAUCCACGGCAACAAGCACUUCAUUGUGCGGAGGGCGAUCUAUUACCGGGAGUUAGUUGCUCGCUUCGGCCACCAUCCCCAACUCGUGUGGAAUUUAGGUGAAGAGACGAAGAUGCCGACGUCGCUACUGCUCGCAGCGGCUGACUAUAUCAGAAGUGUUGACCCGUACGACCACCCGAUAGAUGUACACACGUACCCUAACGCAAAGGCAAAGGUCUACCCCGGGCUGAUUCGGAGCGAUACCAGUAAAGUGUAAGAAGGACGGAGCUGUGUGAGUGGUGCCGUCUGGAUUUCCCCAUCGGCUGCUCUGUGGCGCAUUUCAGGACUGGGGCGUCCCUUCAGUGCGAGUUCCCCGAGCGAAUCAACGCCGAGGUAGCAAAGUGGAUUGCCAAAUCAGCCAGAAGCCCAAACCCCCUUGUCGUGUCGAAUGACGAGCAAGGGCCAAAUUGGCUUGGUACUACAAUUCGUUUCUUCCUCCCCGAAUCCAUCAUGUUUUCUCUUUUCAGGCGUGGGAAUCGAUUCCCUCGACCCUGCUCAUGACUCCUUCCGGCGCAAUGCACUCUGGGGGACGUUGAUGGCUGGCGGGGCCGGCGUGGAGUUUUACUUUGGUUGGGGUUUUCGCCGGCACCAAACUGGCAACAAGGACCCGAUAAUAGGCAAUGAUGACACAGACACCAGCCACCCGUACUCGACGUGCUCCGACCUCACAUGCGAGGACUUUCGAAGCCGUGACAAACUGUUCACGCAGGCGUUUGUUGCCUGGCGCUUCAUGAAGGACAACCACAUUCCCUUCUGGGAGAUGACCAGCAGUAAUCACCUGACGGAGCAAAAAGACGACUUCGUAUUCGCCAAAGAGGGCGACAUCUACCUCGUCUACACGUUUGUAAACACAACAGAAGUAGAACUCAGUGUCCCCAGAGGGAACAACUAUACGGUCCAGUAUACGGUCCAGUUCUGGGACCCCAAGACAGGCGGCGACAUGAUUGACGGGCCGCUGGUCACAGCCGACUGCGGUGAGAGAGAAAAAAACUGCAAGGCGACGUUUUCACUCCAAGAGGCGCGGCGGCAUAUCGGAUCGUCUGAUGUGCUAGUGGUGAUCAGGAAAAAAAAGGCCGCCCUCAUGUCUAAGAUGCCCUUUACGUGAACCAAAGCCUGUUUGCUUUUAAGUAGAUACGUGAACGGGCGACGAACCAAAGCCUGUUUUCUUUUAAGUAGAUACGUGAACGGGCGACGAACUUCGUCUAAGCCUUUUUUGUUGACUUCUUUUUGUUUGACUGUCAGUACGUGAAGUCUG